GAGGCUAUUUACCCACAGGCUGCUAAGGUGAAGGAGGGAUUGCUCUAUAGCUGGGAGCAGUCAGAAAAGGGAGUGCCUGUGCAAUUACUCAAGCUGAAACCAAGUUCCUGCAAAGUUUCAGCCAUGUCGGACAGGUGGAAGCUUUCACUGUCAGUCUUUAUUGAAUGCAGCCAGUGCUGGAGGUAAUGGAGAUUUUACCAGGAUCCCAUGAAGUGUGGAAAUGAAGGCCUCAGUCAGCAGAAUGUACAGCUGGGAGGAUGAGAGGUACCCCCAUGAGGAGAGGCGGUACCAGGAUCGUGGGAAGAGUAGCUGGGAGUAUGAGGAUUAUGAGAGGACAGACACUCGCUAUAGAGACUACAGGACAUACAAGAAUUACAACCAUCCUGAACAAAAUUACAGGGAUGAUGACAGAUCUGGAAAACACUACAUGGAAUGUGACAGACCAGAACAACAAUACAGGGCAUAUGACAGACCAGAACAACAAUACAGGACAUAUGAAAGACCUGAAAAACAAUACAGGACAUAUGACCGACCAGAACAACAAUACAGGACAUAUGGAAGACCUGAAAAACAAUACAGGACAUAUGACAGACCAGAACAACAAUACAGGGGAUAUGACAGACCAGAACAACAAUAUAGAGCAUUUGACAGACCAGAACAGCAAUAUAGGGGAUACGAAAGAUCAGAAAAAUACUACAGGGAAUAUGACUGGCCUGAAAAACGCUAUGUGGAACAAAAGGCAUAUCAGUUGUCUGAUGACCAUGAAAGACCUGAGAGGUACUGCAAAAGCACAGGGAUUGUUGAGCAGGAAUGUAACGACUAUGAGCGCAGUGGGAAACGCUACAAAGAGUGGAGUGGUGACCUGGAAUGUAAGCAACAGAGCGUCCAGGCAGAUCGGCUUUCCAGGGAGAAUGGCGUUGAACAAGGGAGGUAUAACAGCAUUGACCGGGCCGAAAAGUCCUGCCAGCACCUGAAACCAUUGGAUUGUAAAUAUGAUGAUCUUGACGGAGAAAAAAGAACAACAGACAUAGGAUCCUGGGGCAGAAACAACCGGUACCGGAGAACAGCCCCCAGCACUCUGAGACACUCUGAGUUUGCUCUCAACAGAAACAAACAGAAAGAGAUGACUCUGCUCACAGCAGACCCUGCUUCCCUGGAGUCGACGCCUGUUACAGCCCCCAGCGCCAGUCCCGAGCAGAGGAUGAUGGAAAAGAGGUCCAAAGUGAUUGAAGAACUCCUGCAGACAGAAAAGGAUUACAUCAAAGACAUGCAAAUGUGUGUCCAAGAAAUAAUCCAUCCACUGCAAAGAAAACAGGUGCAGAACAUUGACUUUGAUGGUCUCUUUGGCAAUGUUCAGAUGGUGAUUGAUCUCUCAACACGUUUGCUUAAAGAUCUGCAGGACACAGAGUCAAUAGGAAGAGUAUUUGUGGAAUAUAAGACCGAGCUGGAAGAGGUGUAUAAAAUCUACUGUCAGAACCAUGAUGAUGCUAUUGCUCUUCUGGAGGCAUAUGAGAAAGAUGAGAGCAUCCAGAAUCACAUUCUAGAAUGUCUGGAGAAGCUCAGGGCAGUGUAUCGUGAGUGGGGUAAGACGAACUACAUCAACCUGGGUUCGUUCGUGAUCAAGCCGGUGCAGAGAGUGAUGCGCUACCCGCUGCUGCUGAUGGAGCUCCUGAGCACCACGGCAGAGUCGCACCCAGACAAGAGGCUGCUCGCCGAGGCCGUGGCCUGCGUCAAGGAGAUCAACGUCAACAUCAACGAGUACAAGCGCAGGAAAGACCUGGUUGUGAAGUACAGAAAAGGGGAGGAGGCGACUCUGAUUGAUAAGAUCUCCAAGCUCAGCAUGCACUCCAUCGUGAAGAAGACCAACCGAGUCAGCAGCCACCUCAAGCACCUGACAGGCUUUUCACCACAGAUCAAAGAUGAGGUAUUUGAUGAGGUGGACAAGAGAUUCCGGAUGCAGGAGAGAUUGAUCAAGUCCUUUAUCAGAGAUCUCUCUCUAUAUCUGCAGCACAUCAGGGAGUCCGCGUCCGUGAAGGUUUUGUCCGCUAUAAGUUUCUCUGACAUUUACUCGGAGAGGACCCAGACAGAUCUGGAAAGUUUCCAAAAGGCACACAGAUGUAUCAGUGACCAACGUUUCACCGGUUUUAAAGAAAGGACCGAGAGCCUGGUCAUCGCACCCCUGAAUCAGCUGCUGACAAUGUUUGCAGGCCCUCACAAGCUGAUCCAAAAGCGCUUUGAUAAGCUGCUGGAUUACAACAACUGCAAGGAGAGGGCGGACAAGAUGAAGGACAAGAAGACUGUGGAGGAGCUCCAGUCCACGCGGAACAACUACGAAGCCUUGACCGCUCAGCUCCUGGAUGAGCUUCCCAAGUUCCACUGCGGUGCCCAGGAGCUCUUUACCAGCUGUGUGUGCAGCUUCGCAAUGGCACACAAGGAGUUUGUCCGAGUAACCCUGGGGGAACUCAAACCGCUCCUGCAGCUCUCCGGGGUGAUUAGUACAGAUGGGAAAAUCAUUUCUCUUUUCCAACAGCAGCACAGCCGAGUGCUCCAACAGUUGCAGUGUUUUAGCUUUUUCCCUGAGAGCCAGGGGUCACACAGCGAGGAAAAAGGUUUUGAAAGGAACAACUUGGAGCCUCAGUCCUCCAGGAAACAGCUUUUAGGGCCGCCUAACUAUGUGCUGCAGACAGAGGAGCACCGUGCAGCCCUGCUGUCCCGGUACCCCCCGGAGCAGCUCUGCCAGGCUGAGCGGAACUUCAACGCAGCUCAGGACCUCGAUGUGUCUGUGUUAGAGGGGGACAUCGUUGGUGUUAUUAAGCAGCAGGAUCCCAUGGGCAGUCAGAACCGCUGGCUCAUAGACAAUGGAGUGACGAAGGGAUUUGUCUACAGCUCAUUCCUUAAGCCUUACAAUCCCAGAAGAAGCCAGUCCGAUGUUUCGAUAGGAAGCCACUCCUCCAAUGAAUCUGGAUACGGGGGUUCCUCUCCAGUCUUCUCACGGCAGAAUAGCAACAGCACAUUAACUUUCAGCUCCGACGCUACGUCUGUAACGUUCUCCACCCUGCAGUCCCAGAAACCCUGCCAGGACUCCGGCACUUCAUCCCGGUCAAAUCCACCCGAGGGCUGUUCUUCCAAGCGCUGCAAUAAUAGAGAGACCACACUGCCGCUGUGGACCCAGAGUAAUCACAAGGACCUGUCGGACUCUGCUUCCGAAACAGACUCCUGCUCCUCGCUGAAGAGUACCCGGACUGACUUUGCACCGAGAAGCAGUCAGAUGGAAAUGUUCAGUCAAUCGGAUGUGGCCUUUGGCUCUGUGAUGAGGAGAAAUGGAGACACUGGGCUGAGAACUGUGUCCUUUCCUUCAGACACGACUCCUCCGGAAAAGGGGAGUGAUACAGACGGAAAUCAGAUUUACUACGCCAUCUACUCCUUUGAUGCACGCUGUGCAAACGAGCUGUCUAUUCGUGCUCACCAGCGUGUGAAGAUCAUUGAAUUUCAUGACAUGAACGGGAAUAAGGAGUGGUGGCUGGGAGAGGUGGAGGGGAGGAGAGGGUAUGUACCUUCCAACUACAUCAGGAAGACAGAGUACACUUGAAGCAACUCUGGAAGCAGGUGGCAAAUAAAUAGAACUGGUGCCUUAUUUAUUAAGAGGAUCCCUUUGGAGUUGGAAGUGCUUUUUUUGGAAUUGUAAUGCUGCUGAUAUGUACAAAAUACAUGCAUCUAUAGUUUUUUAAUCUUAUUGAUUGUUUAAGCUACCCAU